AUGGUUGCCGUGUCUACCAGGUUACACCUCGGAGACAGCCUGUAUGCCGACAGGCUAACCGUGGGCAACCGACCGUCCGCCUGGCGGCCCAAAUCCCAAGAACGGCUUCCCAAGUUCAGCAAGCUCGAUGCACUAUCACCCUAUCACCCUAUCGGCCAGGCCCAGCCUUGCUUUUGGGUCCCGCGGGCAUGGUUCCCCAGCCGCCUCGCUCAAGACGACCAGAAACCUUAUUGA